GAAUAAUCAUGUUUAACUCCCUAUUCAGAAGAAAAUCUACUUAUAAAAGAUUUAAAAACUCUCCAGCAUAUGAUCUAAACUAUUUUAUAAAGCUUUUCACGAGCAGAAACUCAAUUCUCCUAGGUUUGGGAGCAGGAACCUUUUAUCUUGCAAAUUUACAUGAAGCUCCCUUCACCAAAAGACUUCGAUUCAUUUGGGUUCCUCGUUGGAUUGAAACCAAGGCAGGUGAUUGGUCCUAUAGAAGCCUUAUGAGGGAACGAGGAGCGGACCUUUUACCUUCAAAUCAUCCAGUUAACAUUAAGGUUACUAGCAUAAUGAAUAAUUUAUUAACUACUGCCAUUGCAAAUUCACAAGACCAAGAUCAAAUCAACCAUUUAAAAUCUUUGAACUGGUCUGUAAACAUUCUUAAAUCAGAUCCCCAUGAACCUCCAAAUGCUUUCAUCUUACCAAAUGGUAAAGUUUUCGUUCUAAGUUCAAUCUUACCCCUUUGUAAAAAUGAUGAUGCUUUAGCUACUAUAUUGGCUCAUGAAUUAUCUCAUCAACUAGCAAGACACUCGGGUGAACAACUUCUGAAACUGCCUUUCUUCCUUUUAUUAGCUGCUUCGGAUUUUACAAAAAAUCGUGCAUUCAAUAGACUUACAGUUGAUGGGUUAUUGCAAAUGCCCAACUCAAGAGAAAUGGAAACUGAAGCAGACCGUAUAGGCUGUGAAAUAAUGUCAAGACUGUGCUAUGAUCCAAACGAGGCAGUUAACUUCUGGAUUGGAAUGAAUAAGAUUACAAGUCAAGACGAUGGUUGGUUCCAAGAUUUUUUUGCAACCCAUCCGAACUCUGCUAAAAGAAUAAACGAUAUCAGGUCUUGGUUACCUGAACUACAAUCAAUGAGAGACCUUUCGAAUUGUUACGAAAAACAAUUCUUACAAUUUGAUGAACAUGUUAAGAAAUUUAUUCAAAAUUGACAUUAUAUAUUAACGGUGAUUUCUUCAUAUUCUUCUUGUUUAUCUUUCUUCUUCAAUAGUUUAUCGC